CAGUCCUCGCGCAUAUCGAAUAUUUUACUCGAACGCCGUGCAAGUAAAUCAAUUUUCACUCCGUCGCUGUUUGUAUCUAUGGGUUUAAUUUUCUUAUUUUUUAUUGUUUUCCACUUUGCAUGGAUUAGUAAAUAUCAGUAAACGUUUGGAAAUUGGUUGGUGUUAGCGGAUAUAUUGUUGACUAGCCUUGUGUGAUGCCAAGUGAACUCGAGGGUGUAGUUGGGAAUACCCAUUUAAGUACACUCGAGCCCAGGACCGAAUGUGAAUAGUGCCCAGAUAAUUUCAUCAAGAGUUGGUCAUUACGCUCCUCGACGUGGAAUUGGUUUGAUGUCUACUAGACUGGUUCAAUUUUUGACUUUUAGCUCCACCAGGCUCUACUGAUUCCUUUCAUGGCCCUUAGUAAUUGUGCAAAUUUUGGUACCGAUCGGUUGUGUCGACGGAUCCUCCAAAAAUUUCAAAGUUUAUAUGGAAAUUAGUAUGGAAAAUCGGUGAAAAUUGAAAAUAAAUUCUUAAAAAAUCACCUCAUCAAUGAAUUCAUGAGCACACUAUAUAUUUCUAAAGAAGGCUUUCUACAAUAAACAUUCAACAACAAAUAGAAACGAAAUUAAGUAUACCCAAUACGACCUUCAACAUUUUGUUUUAUAUCGAGCGUUUUCACUUUGACCCACCGUUACUCCCCAAAGUCUGCUCCACUCCGUUACCCGAUUGUGCAGAUACUCUUCACCGGGAAAUCGACACACGCGUUCAUGGAUCUUCCUUCCAUGCCCAGCAAAGUCGUAUGUUAAAGUAGAGUAAGCUAGGGUGCGUUGGAGGGCUGGCUGCAAACAGUUUCCAUAAUCACCAUCACUGAGCCCGUGGCAGUAUUGAGAUACAUAUCCCAUAUGCACACGAGAAGAUCGCAGUGAAGGAAAACCUAAAUCGGAGGAAUAGGUAUCUUGAAACAGUGGCACAUAGUCGGAAAGAAAAAAUGGUAUAUUAAAGGGAUUGUAAGCUGUAUACCGUGUGUGAUGGUUAAAAAAACGAUUUGAGAGAUGAGUGUCGGGUAUACAACUUUGAUGUGAAGGUUUCACUUUUGCUGGAAAUAAUCGAAAUAUACGCGGGGAAGGGAAAUCUAAAGGUUUAGCCAUAUGACGGUGAACAUGCAAUUUAGUUCAGCAAAGGAUAAUGAAGAGUCCUAAAACAUGAGACGUAAUGUUCCAGUGGGGUGUGUUUGUGUUCAUUCGCGAAAAACGAUGACAGGAUGACAACUAAACGAAACGGUCAUUUAAAAAACGGAGGAACGUGGCGUGAAAUUUUUGCGAAUUAUGAAUGCUAUGCUUGAUAGUGAGGUUGAGCAUUAAUAAGCGAUCCACGAGUUGCACACCAGAGAUGAAACAUUAUUCUUAUGUUGGUGAAUGUUAGAUAUUGACCAACGAUAAACUUGGGCAUCCACACUGACAACGAAGAUGUGGGCCAGUGCUGCCUAGUAAAAAUACGGAUAUCUACUUCAUUCGUGAGCAAUGGACGCUUAGUGCAGAGCUAGGAUACGUAUCGGUGUGAAAUUUAGAGUUUUGCCCAGGACCCAAACCAGUCCUCCAGUAGUACGCCGAGGAGAUGCAUUUUUGGAUCGAUAAGCGCUCGCAAGCUUGUGGUUUCGGUAGAGCACGGGUGGCAGCGUCUCUUUCUAGUGGUGGCGGGCUUGGAUUUGGGUAUCCCCGGCGAAUACCCAGGAAAUCAAUGGUUACCCCAAUUCAUAGGUUUCAAACGGUCGACUGUACCAGACCACAUCCAUAUCGGCACCAGCCGCAUCAGUUGCAACAACAACCGCAGUCACAGAACAGCACCAGUAACCAUCAACAUUAUCACCCACAGCAGCAGUCUAGCAAUAAUCAGUCGCACAUUCAGCAUCAUCAGGCUCAGUUGCAUAGCAGUGGGCACUAUAAUCAGAAUAAUAGCAUACUUCCAGCAUCGACGCUUCAUUCGCAGCAGCCAUCUCAAAAUCACCAUCUGCUGCAACAAUCGCAGCAUCAGCAGCAGGCAAACAACUACCAUGUGCCAGUCGGAGUAAAUCAUAUUUAUAGUAAUGCAUCCUCGCAGCCGAAUGCAAUCGAAAUCGAUCAUAAUGCUGGAACGCACGGAAUUGGAACACUCAGCCGGCAGGUAUCGCACGUAGGCCAAGAUGCUCAAUUACUACCAGCACAUCUCAAAUGUGGCAUGUGGGCGUCGCUUGCACUGGCUGCUGUCUUCGUGGCGGGAGCAAAGUUCUAUUUCGACCAUCAAGGCACUGGUUUGGAAGUGCUUAUAUUUUGUGCGUUUUCUGCGACUUUUUUCCUAGCAGCAUGCACCGUAUCGCUCUGUCGACGCCCAAGGGACCUACAAAUACCGGGAAACAAUGUGAUAUCGGAGACGAUCUCCAUUGGGGAGCAGAAUUCCCUACAGAAUAAUCCGGACCUAGUGAAUAGCAAUCCCUCGCCAUUAUUAAACGGCAGUGUGGGUGUAGCACAGCAAACUUCUCUCUCCGUAAUGGCACCACCACCGCCAUACCACAUUGCCAUAUUGCUGCCGGAAAAUACGAAAGAACCGGAUGAAUCACCGCCACCGUCGUAUGAUAAAAUAGUAAUAUAAUAAUAAUAUGAAUUAAAAACUGAAUAUCGCACAAGUUACAAGUACACAUCCGAAAGCUUAGCAAUCGAUUCUGUACUAGUUCAUGAUAGAUCAGUGAUCAGCAUCCAAACCCAUAGUAUGUAGUUGCUUAAUCCAAGUGAUGCCAAACCAUCAACCCAGGAACUAGGGCCAAAACCUGCAUCGAGUGAAUAUUUCCUCAUGUCAGAUGGGUAUUCAGCAAGAACAAGGAUUUAAAAAAAAUCAUAGCAAUUGCGCUGAGACAGAGAGUUUAAUAUAGCUCAAUGUUACAUCUAGAUAAGACUUAGGCUAAGCCUUCUAGGAUAGAAACCGCCGAUGCGAGAAACAAAAUGCUCACAAUCUGAAUAUGUAUUUAAUUGACAAAGAAGAGUUGAUCGAUAUUAUUUAGCAUCCCUAUCCGAUUACAUAUUCAUAGCUAAAAGCAGCACACAAGUGUGAACAUCGUGUAAUUAAGCUACUUGCGCUCCGAACAAUCUGUAAUAUAUUUGAACUGAACAGGUAUUGGGGUAUAGGGCUUAAGUAUCCGCAUCUCCGCUCGAGGUGAAAACGCGAAGACAGUUCGUGAUAGGAAGACAUACCUAAUUAUAGUUUCGUGCUGCUGUACCGCGUACGUCACAGCGGUAAUACAGUUGUAUUAGCAUUAGAGUCGAGUAAUUAAAAUUUUAAUAAA